UCUAAAAUAAAAAAGAUAUUUUCAAAUUUCAAUUUAAUAUUGUUAUUCGUUAAUCUAGAAUUAUUUUAAACUUUAGAAGAUUUUAUUAACUUAUAUAAAAAUGCAGUUUGUAUUAAAUUUAACCUUACCUUUUUACAUUCUUUACGCAGAAUCGAAAUUCUCAAAAGCACAUGUUGUGUUUGUAAUGAAUAAUACUUCCUUUCAUUUCUUUUUUUUUUGUCGAGAUAAAGAAUCAUUUUACGAUUAAUGUUUUGUUUUUCUGUGUUGCAAGAAUUUUAUCUGAUAAAAUAAUAUUACACUCGCUAAGAUAUAAGAACUUUUUAUUAUGUUUACCAAUGCUUGGUUCUUUAGUUAAAUAUUCUUAGAAACGUAAGCUUUGCACUCAUCUGCACCUUACAAUAAGCUGUAUUGAUAAAACUAAUUUUACAACCAUUAUUAUUCACAGUCAAAUACACUAAUAAAUCAAUAAAGAAAAUUACUUAAUCUUAUAGAGAAACUAAAACUAAAUUAAUCUUUGAGUUUUUAUCAAUUAUAUAUGUAAGCGUCAUAUUUUCUACUUCUACAUUUGAUCUAUGAUUAGUACGAUUAUUUCAAUUAGAAGUUGUUGGUGAACAGAAUUUGAUAAUAUGAGAAUUUACUUCUAUCUACAAUUUUAAAUGAAAAUUUGGAUUAAUAAAUAAUGAAAAUUGAAGAAUAUUUUCCAUCGACUAGUGACAUCUUCGUUGACAAAUGUCAACUACUAUUCGAAGAAUUUUAUAAUGGAAAAAAAAAUAUUUCCAUAUAUAUUCUAGAUUGAGUUCUACAAGAUGACACCAGAUACUUUUUUUAGCAUCAGAUGACUUGACAUUCUCCAUCUUUAAAGUUCCAUAUUAUCUUUUUAAGUUUAAAUAUAAUUCUACGUUAUUUUUCAAUAUCAUUCUAAAAUUAUAGAAAAUCCUAUGUUAGAUUAAAAUCUUAUAUUUAAUUAAUCUCUUAUUCUUUGAAUUCGUUAGAAAAUAUCUCCUUUACUAUAUAUGUUAUUAGUUUAUAUAUGAUUUGAUUAGCUCAAUUGAAAAAAGAAGCGAAUAUUCAUAAUAUAGAAUCAAUAAGUCAAAAAAUAAAAAAUUGACUAUAUAAUACUUGAGUUUUUUUACAAGUUCGAAUAUUACAUAAUCAAAUUUAUCUUUUGAUUAUUGAUUUAUUAUACACUUAAUAUUUGCUAUUUAUUUAAAUGUCCUGUCAUUUUUCUAUUUCUAUGAUAUAUUAGUAAGUAAUUAUUUAUGACAGUAACAUUUGUUUUAAUCUACAAACAACUGUUGUUAUCAUUGUUAUUAAUUCUAAUUUCUAGAUAAUCUUCUAAUAUCACAAUAAUGCAGAGAUAUUUAUUCAACUUCUAAUAAUCAAUUUUUAAUAUAUGGAUGUAAGUUUAGUAAUAUCAAAUUUCUAAUUUAAUCAAUAUUAAAUAUUCAUCGAGAAAUAAGCAAUAGAAUAGUUUUAAUCGAUUGUAUACAAUUAUAUGUUAAUAAUAGAUUUUUUUCUAUUAUGAACUAAUAAUCCUUUUAUUUAAUUAUAUAUUCUCUUGAUUCAUAUACAUGGAUAGUUCUUGAUUUAAUUCUAUUAUAUAACUGAAGUAGCUAUUGUGUAUAAUCUUAGUCUCCUCAAAAUCGAUGAUUACCUAGUCUCUUGUCUCUCUAUUAUAUCAAUAGUUAAUGUAUUUGAAUUAAUUUUACUAUCGCAUUCAGAAUCUUUGGUUAUUAAUUAUUGAAGAUUUUAUCAUUUAGCAUAAAAAAUAGAUUAGAAAAAUCAAUGUAGCAUUUUUUUCUAUAAUUUUAUGAUGAAAAAUCUUGUUUUUCUGACAAAAUAUUUUUUGUGAAAGAAAAGCAGAAUUACGUAUCCUUAUUAGAACAAGGGAUUUUACAUUAAUUGAAAACUGAUAGGAUUAUUUUUGAAAGAGAAACUAUUAAAUAAGUAUUUGGAAUUGAAUAGAAUAAGACCUGAUUAGUUCAAUCUUUUUCUUAAUUAUCUACUCUCGUUUAAAUCAUAAUCGUAAUAUUCGAAAAUAAAAUGAAAUUUUUCUUUUUCCUAUAAAUCUCUACAGUUAAUUUGAAAUUUGAGAAUUAUUGAAAAUCUUUUUUAUAUAAAAGAAAAGAAGAUGGAUGAGAAUAUAAUAUAAACAAUAUCAUCGUGUUAAAUGAGUGAUGACAUAUUGAUGACCUCGAUUAAUACGAAGGCUAAACAUGCUAUAAGAACUUUUGUAUAAGAUAGUUACGAGUUGAUUCAAAUCUAGAUGUAUAUCGACAUCUUUUAUUCGCAACAUGUUAAGUGUUUUUUUUCUUCUCUCUAGGUAAAAAAUAUUUAAUUUCAAUUUUAGGUGAAAAAUACAAUAUUAGAACAAGAAAGAAUAUAUGAAGAUUGUUUAAUAAGAAUUUAUAAUAAAUCUAUCGAUGGUUUAACUGAAAUACUUAAUGAAAUAAGUCGUUUUAGACGAUACGCAUGGUUUUAUUCAGAAUUACAUCAAAUUAAUAGUUUAAAAUUAAAUAUAAAUUCAAUUCAAGAAAAAUAUGAUUUUGAUAUUGAAACUAUUCUUAAUAAAAUCAAACAACAAAGAGAAAUUACAAAAGAUACAUUUAAGCAAUAUGAAAAAGAAGAAUAUUUAAAUAAAUUCUUAAAUGAAAUUGAUAAUUUUAUUAAUAAAAUAUCUGAUAAACUUUUUUUAUUAUCAAUAUUUUUAUCUAUUGGUUUAUAUAAUUCAAUUGAUACAAUAAUUGCUCUUUUUACUGGUUCUGGUGUUCUUGGUAUUGAUCCAAUUCAAAGAGGGUUAAUUAUUAAUAAUACAGCAAGUGAAAUUAUGUUUAAAGAUAAAUUAGAAGAUUUAGAUCAAAAAUUCACAUUUAUUAUUAAUUACAUUCGUACGAACAAAAAACAAGAAUUAGAUCAUCUCAAUUUAUAUUUUAAUAUAUUUAAAAAUAAUUUAUCUCAUUAA